ACUCAACCAAUAGAAAUGCAGCAAAUAAACAGGUGGACCAAACCAAAACCGCCACGUCACCUCAACUGCUCUCCUUUAUUACUUGUACGCAUUUUCUUCUUCUCAUUUUACAAAGAAAAAACUCCUCCUCAAGUAAACUACUUCAAUACAAACCCUUACCAAUUUUCAAGAAAAUCAGAAGCCAAUAUGUUGAGAAUCCUUGGAAAAAAUCUCAGAAUUUCAAAAUCAGCAACAAUGGUUGUUAGAUCAGAGUCAGAAAUUGAUGCCCAUGAUCUGUUUGAUGAAUUGUCUUCGUGGGAAUUUGUUAACCCUUCUGAUGAUGAACAAGAAGACAGCUACUCCUUCACUGAUCAAACUGAUGAUGAUGUUGAAUUGAUGUUAAAAGAAGAUGACCCAUGUGAAAUUGGGUCUCCAUCUUCUGAUAUCUCGAUGAAAUCGGAAGCAGAAUCGGGAUCUCCGUCGCCAGUUCAAACAAUUGAUGCAUUGGUGGUUUGCCCUGUUGGGUUCAAUCAUCAUGAUACUUCUCGUGAUGAUGAUCAGGAGGAGGACGAUGAAGAGGAAGAGGAAGAGGAAGAGGAAGAAGAAGAUUAUGACUAUGAUUUGGAUGAUGAGUUGGUGCCAAAUUGGUUGAGUGAUAAACUUGGGAGACAAAGGAUUAGGAAAUUGGGGAAAAGGGCUUGUUCCAAGAUGAACAAAUCCAGAAAGGCGCCUUAUGUUUUUAAUAGGCCUGGAUGUGUUCAUGGUAAACAUGGAUUUGGUAUGCGGUAGUUAUGUCUAAAGUAAAUAAUUUGCAUGUUCAAUAUGGAUGAACGAAAAAUGGGAAGUUAAGUUUUAGGUUAAUUGAUUAACUGGAAGCAUUGUUGAUUUUAUCUGAAUAUAAUCUUGAUGUAAUUAGGGCUGGUGGAAAUUAAGUUGCUAUCUAAUUUGCAACUCUUUAGCUUUCUUUUUAGGCCUAGGUUAUCUACUUGAAUUUGGAUGUAAAUAUCUGAAUUUAUCUAAUGCAAUUUGAAUUUCAAGAUCCAA